AUGGGAUUUAACAAGUUCUUUUUCGGCUUAUGCAUCUUAGCAGUUAUCUUUGGUUCUCACGUCUCAGAAGCUAGAACAAAAGGUCACCAUUCUCACCGUGACCAUUCUCACCGUGACCGCUCCCACCAAGACCCUCCUCACCGAGAGCCGAUUGAUAAACACAACAAAGUUCCACCACAGGUACCAACUCCUAUUCCUCCUCGCCAAGAGCCGACUCCACAAAACAAAGUUCCACCGAAGGUACCAUCUUCUCUAAACCCAAACCAAGACUUCCUUGAUGAACACAACAAAGCUCGAGCGGAGGUCGAUGUUGGUCCAAUGAAAUGGAAUGACACACUAGCGGCCUACGCACAAGACUAUGCCAAUAAGAAAAUUGAGACCUGCGAAAUGGUGCAUUCUGAGGGACCAUAUGGCGAGUGCUUAGCUGAAGGUUAUGGUGAUAUGACAGGUGCAGAAGCUACAAAAUUUUGGGUGACUGAGAAGGAGAACUAUGACUAUGCCUCUAAUACUUGUACCAAGGACGAAUGUGGCCAUUACACUCAGGUAGUUUGGAGAAACUCUACUGAUCUUGGUUGUGCUAAGGCCCAUUGUAAAAAUGGGUGGGUGUUUGUGAUUUGUAGUUAUUAUCCUCCUGGCAACUAUGUCGAUGAAAAACCUUAUUAG